UCAAGCGUCCUGACGGUGGCAGCGAUGGCGGUGCUGGCGCCAGGCGCGCAGGCGUCUGUCAGCGUGAGGGGCUCCUGCCCUGCUGUGGCCGCCGUCAGCGACUUCAACAUGACGCGGUUCGAGGGGCUGUGGUAUGUCAUCGAGGUAUUCGACAAGGGGGUCGCCUGCAUGGAGUGGAAAAUCGCCCCCAUGGAGGCCGACGUCUGGCACAUCAAGGAGACCAAGCAGAGUGGUUAUGUCGGCGAAUACAACGGCAAGCUCACUCGCAACGACAACAGUUCAGGCUCCCUAACUGUUAACUGGGACGCUAACAUCGGCCGCGGCUUCCCGUUCACGGUGUACGCGACGGACUACGACACGUACGCGGGGGCGUUCAUGUGUCAGCAGGUGUGGUUCUUCAACAGACAGGAAGGAGUGAUCCUCUCACGCUCGCCAGUUCUGCACAUCGCGCAACGGCAACAGACCCGAGGUAUGCUGAGCCGCUACGGGGUCGAGAUGUCGUACUUCUCGAAGGUGGAACAAGGCUUAUGUGGACGCACAAGCCUGCCAGACGCCGGCGCCGGCAGCGACAAUAAACGUUUCGACGAGUACGACAACCUCUCCUCAGAUGCAUGAUUUCACUAAUACCCUUGCGAAAUGGAAUGUAAAUUGUAUUUUUUUCAUUUCACUAUU